AUGCCAUCGGACUCCAAUUCCGCAUUUCAGUCUCGGUUGCCCAGCAAAGUUCUGGAGGAACUGGGGCUGCUAUCGGUAUGGCAAUCUUCACGCGAUGUAAAAUUGCUUUGCCUGCAGCGUUUUGUACGACUUUUUGCAUACGGAGGAUCCACACUUAUUCUCGCCUCUUACUUGUCAGAACUGGGCAUUUCGGAUGCUCGAAUCGGUCUGUUUAUGACUCUGACGCUGGUCGGAGACGUGAUCAUCAGCUUUUUCCUCACUCUUUUUGCUGAUACAAUGGGUCGAAAGGCUGUACUGGCACUGGGGUCACUCUUGAUGGCCGGCAGUGGGAUAAUCUUUGGGCUCUGGGAAAAUUUCUGGAUCCUUCUCGCCGCUGCGGUGUUAGGAGUCAUCAGUCCUAGCGGGAAUGAAAUUGGACCCUUUAGAGCUGUUGAGGAAUCCACAUUGGCUCACCUCACUCCUCAUGAACUGCUAGGAGACAUCUUUGCCUGGUAUUCUCUGAUCGGCACUGCUGGCACAGCUCUAGGAAUGAUGGCAUGCGGGUGGGCAAUCAACCUAUUGCAAACUACCAAAGGGUGGCAGUUCGUCCCCGCAUGUCGGGUGAUUUUCUUUGCAUAUGGGGCCAUUGGCGCGAUAAAAUUUCUUUUGACCGUCGCCUUGAGUAAAAACAUUGAAGUGGAGGACAAAACAAAGCCGCAAGAACAGUCCCGCGAAGGCGACGAAACGCAGCCUCUUUUGGGUGACAGGAGAAUCCAGGGGAACUCUCCACGGAAAUCUUUUUUGGCCUUCCUCGGAGGCAGGGAGCUUGUAUCGUUGGUUAUCCGGCUCUUCAUUCUGUUCGGUCUCGACUCUUUUGCCUCAGGGCUGGCCUCCUUGUCGUGGAUGACUUAUUUCUUCAAGCGUAAAUUUUCUCUCGCCGAGGGAACACUUGGGUCCAUCUUCUUUACUACUAGCAUCAUCUCUGCCGCCUCGAUGUUAGUCGCUUCAUCAAUCGCCAAACGCUUUGGCAAUGUUAAGACAAUGGUCUUCACUCACCUUCCCUCCGCCCUCUGUCUCGCUUUCAUCCCAGUUCCCUCGCUAUUGCCUCUCGCGCUGACGUUCUUGGUCCUUCGUGCAUGCUCCCAGAGCAUGGAUGUGGCACCUCGCGCGGCUUUCCUCGCCAUGGCCCUGCCAUCUGAUAAGCGCACCGCAAUCAUGGGCUCCAUCAACGUCGUGAAAACCUUCAGUCAGAGCUUGGGUCCACUACUCACUGGCAUUCUCGCCAAUUACGGUCUGUUCGGGCUCUCGUUUACCAUCGCGGGUAUCCUCAAGUGUAUCUACGAUAUCGGUAUUCUUCUCAGUUUUGCGGAGACGGAGCCUGCACGUCGAGCGGUAUCUACCCAGCAUGAGGAAGAUGCCUAG